UCUAUAUAAGCCGAGCGGUGGCACACAGCGUUUAAUCCUGAGGUGUUCAGAGGUAAAAUGUGUCGUCUUCAUCUACAGCUAUUCACCGGAGUUACAGUCACCAAUCCUACUAUCAGACACCUCGAACCUCUACCGAUAGCUCAUUUUAGCCGUAUUUCUGAGAGACGCUUUAGUAAAAAGUGCUCAUCUAUCGGCUGAUUCAUACUACACCGCGGCAAUACAGAAAGAAACCACCGGCAUCGCCGGACACCGGGAACCGGAGCGGAGAGGAGCGGCUACUGCGGGGCAGCAAACAUGCCUAAGAAUAAAAAGAGGAGCGCCGGCGCCGCCAGAACCGCGGGUGGUCGGCAGAAAAAUCUCUGUCCAUAUAGUGAUGAUGAUUCCUCACUCGAAACCAUGAGCCAGUGCAGUAGUUUUAGUGAUGCUGCCAGCCUUCAGGAUGAUGCAGGUGCUGAAGUUGAUGAAAUAGCAGCUCAGGAAGAGUUUGAAUUCAAAUUAAAGGGUCUUAUUGAACUUACAAUGGACAAAGGCGCAAAGACAAGGCAAGCUGCCCUUGAAGGACUGAAGAAUGGCUUGGCAUCCAAAAUAUUAUAUGACUUUAUCCUAGAAAGAAGGCUAACAAUCACAGACAGCAUUGAGCGCUGCAUAAAGAAAGGAAAAGGUGAAGAACAGCGUUUAGCAGCAGCUCUAGCCUGCCUCCUUUGCUGCCAGCUUGGCUCUGGCAAUGAAAGUGAAGAGGUGUUUAAAACCUUGGCUCCAAUUCUAAAGACUAUUAUUUGUGACAGAAGUGCAAGUACCCAGGCACGUCAGGCUUGUGCUACAUACUUGGGCCUCUGCUGCUUUAUUGCUGCUGAUGACAUUGAGGAGUUAUAUGGAACAAUGGAGUGUUUGGAAAAUAUCUUCACCAAGCAGUAUCGUUCUGAAGGCGGGGCUGAUAACUGUUCAGCUCUUCACAUCCAAGCUCUCCAAUCGUGGACCCUUCUGCUGACAAUCUGUCAUACAAGUGAAGCAAAGAAAAAAAUAGACAUACAUCUACCCAAACUUCCACGACUGCUUUCCUGUGAGGAUGUGAACAUGAGAAUUACGGCUGGGGAGACGCUGGCUGUCCUCUUUGAAAUGGCUCGAGAAGCAGAUGCUGAUUUUUAUUAUGAAGAAAUUGAACCCCUGACGCAGACAUUGAAGGCUUUGGCUACUGACUGUAAUAAACACAGAGCCAAAGUAGACAGACGAAAGCAACGCUCGGUUUUCCGGGAUGUACUCCGAGCUGUUGAGGAUGGAGACUUUCAGGCUGAGAUGAUCCGCUUUGGCAGAGAGCGCAUGCACAUUGACUGCUGGGUGAAAAGACUUACAUAUGAUGUUUUCAAGGAGCUGUUUGGCUCUGGAAUGCAGCUUCAUCUUCUGACAAAUGGCUUUCUGCGCAGUAUUUUCGAGCUUGGACCACCAUUGUGCUUAAGUGCAGCUGCUAUUGGAGCAAUGAAAACAUCCCGUGUUGAAAGGCACAUGAACAACUCUGCUGCUUUCAAAGCUCGCACAAAAGCUAGAAGCAAACUGCGUGACAAGAGAGCAGAUGUCGGAGAGUUCUAAGUAUUCAGGAUGGGAUCCAACCUGCAAAUUUGUGUACACGUCAAAUGAAAAGAACAGUUCCUUAGAGUUGGCUUAGGCUGUUCUCACAAGUGGGAUGAAUGGCUUUAGCAGUGCGUUAUGUUUG